AUGGCCUGUGAAGAAAACCUAGUUGAUCUGAAACAUGCAGACGAUAUUGAUUUCGUCUUUGAAGAGGUGAAGAAGGCGCAACUGAAUGUGUUACACCUGGCCGCCUCAUAUUUCAGUCGCUACGAAAUUCCAGAUAUCGCGAUACACGUAUACCUUAUAAAGGUACUACAUGAUGCGCCCCAAAAUGGCCGAAGGCGGUUGUGGGCUAUCGAUGGAUUUCCUUCUCUGUAUCUUUACGAG